AUGGCAGGAGAACACAGAAACCCCGCCGGCUUGGACCUCCAGCUGGACGCCGAUCUGGAGGAUGGGGUGAAGAUUGAGGUGCAGGAAGCAGCAGAACCCGAGAAGGAGGUGGUGGAAAGGCCUCUGGGGAUCCCCUCGGAGAGGGUCAAGGAAUCCCUGGAAAGCGUAAUGGCGGAAGCCAUUAAGCGGGAGCCAGAGGCCGACCCAGAAGACUGUUGCUUGGAAGUGGAAGAAGAGAAAUUUAUCAUGGGCAAACAGUCCACAACUUCCGAGCCGGGGAAUGAGCAGCUGCUGAGGGCAGAAGGAAGUGGCCAUUCAGAGGCCGAGCUCUCUUCCCUGGAAGAAACCUCCGACCUCGGGCCGCGUCGGCGGCGGAACAGGGUGACCCAGCCCCUCUUGCACCUUGGCGAAGGCGCCCAGCAGUUGGUCAACAGCGCCUCUGGGAAAGACAAAACGGAGUUCAUAGAGGUGGGGGAGGAAGGCCUGGAGGUGACCGGCGCCAGCCUGGACAUUGAGCGCCAGUGUUUCCGUCAGUUCUGCUACCAGGAUGCCGAGGGGCCCCGCGAGGUCUGCGGCAUGCUCUGGAAGCUUUGCCAUCGUUGGUUGCAACCGGAGCGGCGCUCCAAGAGUCAGAUCCUGGAGCUGGUGAUCCUGGAGCAGUUCCUGUCCAUCUUGCCCGAAGAAAUGCAGAAUUGGGUCCGAGCCAGGCAUCCGGAGACUUGCUUUCAAGCCGUUAGCCUGGCGGAGGACUUCCUGGGGCGUCAGCAUGGGACAGAGCGGCGGGAACGGCAGGGUCUGUGGCCCUUCAAAGAGGCAACUGUGGAUUUCCAUGGGUCUGCGGGGCCACCGAUGGAGUCGAGCGAAUGGCCGAUGUUCAGGGAGAACAAAGAAGAGGAUGUCCCUUUACUGGCUUCGGUGGAGAACCCGUACACCUGUUGGGACUGCGGAGAGAGCUUUUCGGGGAUAGACGUGCUGGUGGCCCACCAGAGCAUCCACACAGGAGAGAAACCCUUCAUUUGCUCCAAAUGCGGGCAGAGCUUCAGCCAGCGUUCGCAACUGACCGCCCACGAAAAAAGCCACGUGCCAAAGAAGGCUUUCCCUUGUCCGGACUGCGAACAAAGCUUUAGCAAGAAAAGUGGGCUCUUGGCUCAUCAGAGGACACAUACGGGAGAGAAGCCGUAUCACUGCGUAGACUGCGGGCAGAGUUUCGCCCACAAGUUCGACGUGAUCCGGCACCAGCGUAUCCACACGGGAGAGAAACCGCACGAGUGCCCCGUCUGUGGGAAGAGCUUCCGCAACACCUCCGCGUACCACGUCCACAUGAGGAUCCACACAGAAGAGAAGCCCUACCCCUGCUCGGUUUGCGGGAAGAGCUUCCGGCACCGGGCCAACGUCAUUGUCCACGAGAGGAUCCACACGGGAGAAAAGCCGUACGUCUGCGUGGAAUGUGGGAAGAGCUUUGGCGAUGCGUCUUCUCUUCGGAAGCACAGGAGAUCCCACACCGGAGAGAGGCCGUACCACUGCGCGGAGUGCGGGAAGAGUUUUUCUCAGAACGCCGGGCUGGUUCAGCACGAGAAAAUCCACACGGGAGAAAAACCCUAUCAGUGCCCCGAAUGUCCCAAAAGCUUUGUGUGGCCCUCCGAACUGAUCGAACACCGGCGGUCGCACACGGGUGAGCGGCCCUAUUCCUGCGUGCACUGCGGCAAGAGCUUCAGCCGCAAGUCCUACAUUAUAAAGCACGAGCGGAUCCACACGGGCGAGAAGCCCUACAUUUGCGCCCACUGCGGCAAGGGCUUCGUUUCUAAAUCAGACCUCAUCAAGCACGAACGGACCCACACGGGCGAGAAACCUUACCUCUGCUCCGACUGCGGGCGCAGCUUCAGCAGGAAGCAGUUCCUGGUGAGCCAUCGGAGGACACACACCGGGGAGAAGCCGUACAAGUGCACCGAGUGCGGCAAGAGCUUCAGCCAGCGGACGUGUCUGGUCAUCCACGAGAGAGCCCAUACCGGCGAGAAACCGUUCCAGUGCCCGGUGUGCGGGAAGAGCUUUGGGAGAAGGGAUAUUCUCGUGACACACCAGAAACUCCACGCCCGAGGAAAGGCUUUGCGGUGCUCCGAGUGGCCGUGA